AUGACAUCCUUGAUGCUUGCUGUGAUGGCCCUCCCCGAACGUAACACGUUUGCGCAGGCCCUGCUAUUCCUCGGGUAUAUAUAUAAUGAUACUCUCAAUCUGCUCCUGGAAGUCGGUGCAUCCUCUCCUCUGUAUCACUUAGUGUGGUCACUGCAUCAGCCAUGCCGCCAUGCGAAGACAGCAGAUGUUGUGGUAUGCACUACUGCACUAUUACUUCUUGGUGAAAUCAUGUGCAUAUGUGCCAUGGCUGGAGAGUUCACUGUGGCAGACAUUGCCACUCAGCAGGCAUUUGUGCCGAAUAAAGCAACCACAUUAAGCAGCAAGAGCAUUGCCAGGCUUGUGAAGGCCUUUCCACUUGCACAAGCAUUCAAUGAUGCUUUCUGGAUUCUAGUCAUUGUGACAAAUGUGCUACUGAUCAUAACAAUUGCCUCAGUGACUGUGACUAUCUCUGCGAUCUUUCUUAUCCGACAGAAAGGGACUAUAUCUCCUAUUUGUGAGGAUAUUUUUGGAAACCUUGCCAUGGGUCUUGCAGGGAUUAUACCUACUGGGAUGACAAUUCUGGUUGGCCUGGGCAAGACUUCUCAGCACACCUGUCCAGUGCAAAUGGGAAUGGGGGAGUGGUAUCCUCUAUACAAUUUGCAUCCAGGAUGGCAGUGGUGGAUGUGGUAUCACAUCAUGAUGUAG